GAAACCACGGAGUAACUUUAUUGUAUCGAUUUAUUGUCCUUGGUAGGCCAAGGGAAAUAAAAAUGCGAAUCUACAUCAUCUCUUUCGUUUUAUUGUUAGCAUUUGGAAAAGCAAGGCUCUCAUUAUGUGAUCUUACUCUUCAAUGCUCCAAACCGGAACCAAAUGAUGAGUGUUGGAAGCUUAUAAUGCAAUAUAUUCAAAAUGAUGGAAAUGAUGGGCGUGUUCCUCCAACAACAUAUCCUUUUCCCGAUUGUUGCCCUGAGGUUAGAAAUCUGGGAAAAGAAUGCUUUUGGUAUUGGGUGUAUCAUGAGAAUGAUAAAAUGGCAUAUGGAGAUUAUGAUAUUACAGUAAUCUACUUGAACAUCAUUGAUACAUGGAAUCAAUGCCAAGAUAAGAGAAAUCUUACAAACCUACAAAACAUGUAAUGAG